AUGACAAGCGUCGAUUCCAAAGUAGAAAAGACCAACAGCCUGAGUCAUCAGAGGGACAGUCACGCCGGAGACAAAAUUGAUGUAGAGAUUUGCGAGUUUGCGGAACUGAAGCCUCGCUUUUCUGUCAUCGCAGCAGUCGGCAUUCAGUACAGCAUCAGCGCCACGCCUCUUGCAGUCGGUGCAUAUCUCACUUUCAUCCUCGGUCUGGGAGGGAGCCCUUAUUUUUUCUUUGGCUUCAUCGUUGCUGCGGUCGGGCAGAUACUACUCUGUGUGAGCUUGGCUGAGAUUGCAGCUGUAUACCCCCAUGCCUCAGGUCAGGUAUUCUGGACAGCUGCUCUUGCGCCUCCACGAUUCUCCAGGGUACUUAGCUACUGCAAUGGCGCGGCGACGACACUCGGAUGGAUCUUCGCCAACGCCGGUACAUACGUUUUCUCUUCCCAAAUCUGGAUCGCCGCGAUGCAGAUUCGAUUCUCCGAAUACCAAGCCCAAACGUAUCAUGUGUUUCUAGUUUGCUUAGCCAUGGCUUCAUUUGGAGUUAUCCUCAAUGUCUGGCUAUUUCGAUGGUAUCCCCAUUUCACCAAGUUCAUGGUAUUGUUCAUCAACGUCAGCACUAUCUACAUCCUCGUCACCCUUCUUGUUCGUGCUGUUCCCAAGAUAUCUGCCCACGACGUCUUUGUUAAAGUUGUCAAUGAGUCAGGCUGGUCAUCAAAUGGCCUUGUGUUUCUCUUGAACUUUCUCCCCGGAUGUGUUGCCCUCGCCUGCUUCGACACUGCUGCUCACAUGGCCGAGGAGAUGGAAGACCCCCAUAGACAAGUCCCCCAGGUCAUGGUUGGAGCUACAGUUCUAUGUGCCCUGACAGCUAUUCCCAUGAUAGUGGCAUUUCUCUUCUGCAUUGUCAAACCCGAAAACCUGCUUGCACCUAUUGGAGGGCAGCCUGUCUUCCAAGUCUUAAUAGACGGGUUCAGAUCGGAUGCACUUGUGGUCAUUGAGCUCAUUAUUUACUGUAUCGUCUAUCUCUCUUCCUGCCCAGCCACCAUAGCAACCUGUAGUCGCUUGGUCUGGUCGUUUGCCAAGCAUGGAGGUCUUCCCUUCUCCAAAUGGAUCGGCCACGUCGAUCCGAGCAUGCAAGUCCCCGUCAACGCGGUCUAUCUGACUGCGGCUAUGUCUUCGGUCAUUUGUCUGUUGGUAUUCGGACCCAGCACAGUACUCAACGGAGUAUUCGGUGCAGGCUCUGUCUGCUUCUUCAUUUCGUAUGGUUUGCCAAUUUGGCUUCUUAUCUGGCAAGGUCGGAAAGCCCUGCCGAAGCAAAGGUACUUCAACUUGGGUCGGAUUGGGGUGGUUAUUAAUGCCCUCACUGUUUGCUGGCAAUUACUAUCUAUUGUAUUCUUGAACUUUCCUCUGUACCAGCCUGUGACCACGGCAAAUAUGAACUGGGCUUCUGUCUGCGCCAUAGUUGGUCUGGCUUUGUUUGGAGUGAACUGGUUUGCCUUUGCUAGGAAGCAAUAUCAGACUCCGGUACGAUUGAACGUAUUCAAUAGCGCCAUUCAGAACCAGGGGUCUGCUUAG